AUGUGUGGAGGGGGUCAGGCUACCAGGUAUAUAACCAAAGCAGCUACCGUCCUCGAUCUCUUUUCUCUUCUACUGGUCGAGCAGGCAACACCUAGAAAAACUACGGAGUCCAACCGAGGAAUACCAAGAAUACCGGAAUUCAACCAAGAAGAUUUUUGUCUUGAUUUUUAUAUGUGGGACCACCCCACAGGUGUAUACAGAAAACAAAAAUAUAUAAUGGGGCCUAAAAUCGAUAUUGGUGCAGAAAUUGUACGUCUAACCGCCAAAAGAGAGACGUACUUCUCAAUUGUGCAAGAAACGUACGAUCUAUCACAACAGAUUGAUGUACCAUCAAACAAGACACAAUUUCUCGAAAAUUUAUACAUUUCUGAAAAUGCUCGUGAACAAUUCAUUCAAUUGUGUGAUGAAAUAAACAAAUUAAAAUAUUUAGAUAAUCCUAGUUUUAUUCCGGAAUAUUCUGCAAUAAAGGCCCUUGAAACGAUGUACGCCAAAAUAAAACACGCUGAGAAAUUAUUAGAGAAUAAAAAUGUGCAUAGUUCUUCAAUUAAAGACGUUGUACCCAAACAACAUUUACCGUCCAUUAAAGUACCUAAAUUCUCAGUCGAAAAAGAAAGUUCCUCUACGCCUUUACGCGUUGUGUUUGAUGCAUCUGCGAAAAAUUCAGAAUUCACUUCCUUGAACGAAAUUUUGCAUGUUGGUCCUAAAUUACAAACCGACAUUUGUUCAAUCCUUCUAAAUUUUCGUUUCGGGCCUAUAGCAUUAACAGCUGAUAUCAAACAAAUGUAUCGUAAUAUUUGGGUUCGUAAACAAGAUAGAAAAUAUCAAAAAAUCUUAUGGAGACCGUUUCCCGAUGCACCCAUUGGCAUCUAUGAAUUAAAUACUGUAACUUUUGGUCUAUCGUCAUCUCCCUUUCAAGCUAUCAGAACCAUCAAACAACUUUCCCGAGACGAAUGUUCCAAAUAUUCUCAAUCUAUUUCUAGAAUUCUUGAGAACGAUGUCUAUAUUGAUGAUGUGGUUACAAGUAUCGACUCCUUGGAUAGCGCUAAAACCAUUUGCGAAGGUUUGCAGACUGUAUUAUCGUCUGGUGGUUUUGAAUUAAAAAAGUGGGAAUCUAAUAAUUCUAAUCUGCGUAAACUUUUUCCUGAUUCUGAUGUACAAAAUAAACAUUUCUCUAAAUCGGAUUUUCAAAUGGAAUCUUCUACAAAGGUAUUGGGAUUAAAAUGGGAUCCCUUAUCAGAUAAUUUUUCAUUCGAAAUAAAGCUUACGUGGAGAAAAUGGACAAAGAGACAACUUCUUUCAGUAAUAGCGCGAAUCUGGGAUCCUCUGGGUUUCCUAACUCCGAUAGUUGUUAAGAUAAAAAUAUUAUUGAAAAAAAUUUGGACAUUAAAAAUCGAUUGGGAUGAGGAAUUACCAUCAUUUAUUAUUACAUCAUGGUUAGCCGUAUAUUCCGAAUUAGAGCAUCUUAAUAACUAUCAGAUUCCGCGUUAUCUCGAAACGUCAAAACAAAACAAAUGUACAUUAUUUGGUUUCGCGGAUAGCUCAGAGCAAGCGUAUGGAGCGGUAGUUUAUAUUAAAUCUCUUGGCAAUCCGAAUUUCUUAUUGAUUUCAAAAUCACGAGUAACACCGAUUAAAAACCAAACAUUAGCCAGGCUUGAACUUUGUGCCUGUCAUUUACUGUCAAAACUUCUGAAUUUUAUAUUAACGAAUAACCAACAUAGUAUAGAUUUUGAUUCCAUUUACUGUUUUUCCGAUUCUAUGAUUGUCCUUCACUGGUUAGCAGGACCGGCUACUCGUUGGAAAACAUUUGUAGCCAAUAGGGUAACAAAAAUACGGGAUCUCAUUCCUAAUGCACAAUGGCUUCACAUUCCUUCUAAUCAAAAUGCAGCCGAUUGUGUUUCUCGAGGUCUUCGACCUAAGGAUUUUAUCCAACAUAAGAAUUGGUUGUUUGGGCCGGAUUGGUUAAACGGUCCUAUAUCAACUUGGCCUGCAAAAACGGUUGAACCUUCCGGAGAUAUUGAUCAAGAAAGAAAAGCUAACGUUCUAUUAGUAAAGAGUGUCAUACCAUCGAUCAAUCCUUUAUAUGAAUUAACGCAAAAAUUUUCUAAUUGGUGCAAACUUGUAAGAAUUUUCGCUUAUAUAUUGAAGUUUUGUAAAAUUAUAACAAAUCGAAACCGACUUUUGACUUCAGAUUUGAAACAAGCCGAGGUAAUUAUUAUUCGUUUAGUCCAAGAACAUCAUUUUCCCGAAGAAUUCAAACUAUUAACGAACGGAAAGUCUUGUUCGAAGAAGUUUUGCCGACUAAAUUUGGUUUUGGAUUCUAAUAAUUGUUUACGCGUUAAAGGUAGAUUAGGAUUAACAACUAAUAACAAUCCAUUUCUUUUGCCAAAAAAAGACCAAGUAGUAAAUUGUCUUAUAGAUUACUACCAUAUUAAUAAUUUACAUACUGGAUCAAACUUAGUAUUAUCUUUAUUGAGGCAAAAAUAUUGGAUCUUGUCGGCUCGUGCAAUAAUUCGUAAUCGUCUUCACAAGUGUAUAACUUGUUUUCGACAGAAUCCGAAACCCAUUUUUCCAUUCAUGGGCGACUUACCAGUACCGCGCAUAACAGCCAGUAGAGCUUUCCUAAACGUCGGCGUUGAUUAUGCAGGCCCCUUCAAUAUCUCCAUGAGUCGUCACAGAGGCGCUCGAACCUACAAGGCUUAUGUAUGCUUGUUCAUCUGUUUAGCCACUAAGGCGAUACAUCUCGAAUUAGCUUCAGAUUUAACAAGCGAUACAUUUUUAGAUUGCUUGAAACGAUUCCUAGCCCGGCGUGGUCCUAUUAAAUGUAUUUACUCCGAUUGUGGAACCAAUUUUAUAGGAGCCAAAAAUACUCUUGAUUCCUUAUUCCUUCUCCUAAAUUCCGAAGAGUAUAAAAAGCGUUUCAAUGAAUUAUUGGUUUUGCAUGACAUUGAAUGGAAAUUUAAUCCACCGUUUGCCCCACAUUUUGGAGGUAUAUGGGAGGCGAAUAUUAAAUCAGUGAAGACCCAUUUGUUUAAAGUUAUAGGGUUGCAAAUUUUAUCCUACGAAGAGUUUAAUACAGUCCUCAAUCAAAUCGAAGCCUUACUGAAUUCAAGACCGUUAUGUUGGCUGAGCAAUGAUCCGUCGGACCCUCAGCCUCUUACGCCUGCGCACUUUUUAAUGCAAGAGCCUCUGUCGGAUUUGCCCGUUGACUAUGAAAACUUGAAUUUGACUAAAAGAAAACAAUUGUUAGAUCAUAUUGUCGCUUCUUACUGGAAGCGAUGGAAUGUGGAAUAUCUAACCGAGCUACAGGUCCGACAGAAAUGGAAUAUAGUCACUAAUCCUAUUAAAAAGGGUGAUUUGGUAGUUGUAAAACAAGAGAAUGCGCGUCCGCUCCAUUGGGGGUUGGGAAGAGUUGAAGAGGUUUUUCCGGGCUCCGAUGGAGUGGUUCGAGUAGCAUUGGUAAAAACGGGAAAUACCCUAAUCAAGCGGCCUGUUGUCAAACUAUGCCCCCUACCUAUUCAAUAG